UGAAAGCCCUAGCUAUGGCGGGAGCGAGCGUGGGCGCGGGCAAUGGCGUGGUUCUUGGCAAGCGCGCACGAGGAAAUCCAAACUACUCGGAGCUGGGCACAGGCAAUGCGGCUGCUGCCUCUGCUGGAUCUGGCGGAGCUGCCGCUAGCGGAGCUUCUACCGCCGCUGGAAGCGGUGCCAUUGGAACCCCAGUCUUGACGGGCCCGACCGUCCAAGUGCAGCUCACAUUCGCCGAGAAGAACAGUAAGAGGAUUGUCAUGGCUCUCCAGAGUGGCCUCAAGAGCGAGCUCUCGUGGGCACUGACCUCGCUCAAUGUUUUAUCUUUCAAGGAGAAGGACGAUGGAAGGAAGGACGCUCUGGUGAAAAUUCCUGGCCUACUCGAUGCUCUCCUUCAUGUGAUAGAUGAGUGGAGGGAUAUAUCCUACUCCAGUGACUCGAAAAAAUCAGCGAGAAAGCGCACGCUUGGACUUCAUCGUCCGACCACUGGAUUUGGCCUCGAGUAUGAGAUUAACACGCAUCACGAUCCGCUCUAUAGAAUGCGGUAUGUAAGGCUCUGUCUUUCUUAUGCGCGCUCACUUUCUUUUCUUUUCUUGUUUAAAUUUCCUAGCACCAUGCCGGAGAGAAAUCCAGAGAGCGUCACAGAUGAGAAGAAGAAUGCAGAUUGGUGGUGGGACGAAGAGGGACUGUUCAACCUGGAUGAAAUCGGACGAGCUGAGCGGCAGCAGUGCGCUGUCGCAGCCUCAAAUGUUCUACGGAAUUUCUCAUUCAUUCCCGAGAAUGAAAUCCACAUGGCUCAACACCGGCACUGUCUGGAAACUCUUGUUUGCUGCAUGCAAGAUCACAAUACUGAGGACGAGGAGCUGGUCACUAACGCAGUGGAAACGAUUCUUAACUUGGCAACGUUUGUGGUGCUGAGAAUAUUUACUGACCCGUCCAAAGGCCGGAUCACGGAACAAGCUGCUGUACAAGCGAUUGUGACAAUGCUGGAAUCACCAAUCAAGCCCUGGCAUUGCUCGGCUGCAGAGCUACUGGGAAGGCUCGUAGUAAACCCCGAGAACGAGCCAUAUCUUCUUCCAUUUGCAACUCAGAUCUACAAGCGCUUGGUGGACAUACUCAACUUUCCAGCGAGCGAUUCUCAGGCAGCAGCCAUAGCAGCAUUGUAUAACUUCGCGGAGGUGAAUAUGGACUGCCGUCUUCGGCUGGCAAACGAGCGAUGGGCCGUUGGGAGGCUCUUAAGGAUCGUCCAGACGCCUCAUCCCCUGCAAGAAGUGGUGAGAAAAGCAGCCCUGACGCUUGAGAGCCUUGCGUCAGAACCAGAGAACAGGUCUAUACUUCUAGCUUACGAGCACACUUUUGCGGAGCUUGCUCUGACGGAUGCCCGUACUUCGGACAUGUUUGCGAGGAUACUGUGGGAGCUGAGCUCCAGGACAGGAUCCAAGAGCUCUGCUCGUGGAGUGUGGGGAUCAUAGCGAAAACGUAAGUCUAAGAACCAACCGAUACAAAACUUAUUGGUCCACCAUCCCAAGUAACCAUUCGAUUCUGAAUCAUCAGAAUUGUCACAAUCAUUCUGAUUAAAUGGAGUAGCCGACUUUUUGGAUUGCAGACAUUCCUUCAAA